UUUAAUUGUUUAUAUGAAUAAAUAAAAAGUAAUCAUUAUUUUUGUAUGGCUUUGUUAAACAAAAGUAAAGAAAUCGCGGAUUAAAACGGCCUCCAGUUUUGCAUCGUCCGUGGCUCUUAAACACAUCGCCGAACGGAUUAUCUAAACAAACACGGUUCUGUUUGACCAAAUCCUCACUUUUGCACUUCGCGUUUGUGCCGUCUAGUGUCGCACUUUGCCUGUAAUGAAUCACAAACGAGAUGGUCUCUGCUACAGAGUUAGGGAUCCUUGGUGUUUUUAUUCUACGUUUUCACGUUGACAGUUGAAAUCGUGACGCUCCCUACCGUGUCCUGUACUUCUCGACGCUCUUUGUGUUGAAUAUGAUCAGAGGGAGAAACCAAACAUACCGAGCGAGGUUUGUCAGGUGCCUGGAUCCACAGGAACGUCGUUUUACACCGUUUUCCAUCCAUAUCACCACAUUCAACGAUUAAACGGCAUCUUCACGGUAUAUCCGUCGAGCGUGUCUUCUUCGGUGUGUUCGACAGCUUGUGAGGAUGGGCUACAUUGAGGAAUAAACCUGAAGAAAACAGCCAGGCCACGCCCCUCACAUCCUCUUCGAGGCCACCGUGAUGCUGAACCCGUCCUGGACCGCAUGAACGAACUCCCUCGCCAUGGGCUCCGUGUUCCUUUGGAAGCUCUCAUCCCAAAAGCUGGGUUUCUUCCUGGUGAGUUUCGGCUUCAUAUGGGGGAUGAUGCUGCUCCAUUUCACCAUCCAGCAGAGGGCGACGCACGAGAGCAGCGCUCAGCUGCGGUUGCAGAUAUUGGACCUCAGCAAGCGAUACAUCAAGUCUCUCGCCGAGGAGAACCAAAGUGUGAUGGAUGGACCGUACGUGGGCACCAUGACGGCGUACGAUCUAAAGAAGACUUUAGCUGUUCUUUUGGAUAAUAUCAUGCAGAGAUUAUCAAAACUGGAGACAAAAGUGGACAACAUCAUCUACAACGGGACCAGCAGCAACCUGACCAACGGAACCACGACCCCGGGACCCAAUCCUGUCAACCCUGAGAAAGUCAACGUGGCAGACUUACUAAACGGAGCGCAGGAGAAAUGCGAAGUCCCCUCGCUCGACGGUUUCCCGCAUUGCGAGGGCAAAGUGAAGUGGAUGAAGGACAUGUGGCGUUCGGACCCCUGCUACUCAACCUACGGAGUCGAUGGAUCCUCCUGUUCCUUCUUUAUUUACCUGAGCGAGGUGGAAAACUGGUGCCCUCAUUUGCCGUGGAGGAUCAAGAACAACGGCGACGAAGCUGAUCGAAAUCUACAGAUGGAGAUCCGCACGAGUUUGGAGGAGCUGUACCGCUUGAUGUCGCGGCGCGAGGAGUUCCGCUGGAUGAUGCUGCGGAUCAAGCGCAUGGAGGAUCCAUGGGUGAGCGCCGUCAGCUCCCUCGCCCUCAAACAGAACCUCGCCAAACGCCAACGCAAAAAGAUCCUGGUGCACCUGGGUCUCCUGACGAAGGAGUCAGGUUUUAAGAUCGCAGAGAACGCAUUCAGCGGCGGUCCUCUCGGGGAACUGGUUCAGUGGAGUGACCUCAUCACCACGCUGUACCUGCUUGGUCACGACAUCCGUAUCUCUGCAUCUCUCGCCGAGCUGAAAGAGAUCAUGAAGAAAGUCAUGGGCAACAAGUCCAGUUGCCCCACCAAGGGCGAUAAAGUUGUAGAGCUCAUCUACAUAGAUAUCGUCGGUCUAACUCAGUUCAAGAAGACACUGGGACCGUCCUGGGUCCAUUAUCAGUGCAUGCUGAGGGUGUUGGACUCCUUCGGGACGGAACCGGAGUUUAACCACGCCCACUAUGCCCAGUCGAAAGGCCACAAGACUCCGUGGGGCAAGUGGAACCUGAACCCCCAGCAGUUCAACACCAUGUUCCCUCACACUCCAGAUAACAGCUUCCUGGGCUUCGUCGUGGAGCAGCACCUCAACGCCAGCGACUUCAGGCACAUCGACGACAUCAAGCGCCAAAACCAGUCACUCGUGUACGGCAAGGUGGACAACUUCUGGAAGGACAAAAAGACGUACCUGGACAUUAUUCAUUCCUAUAUGGAAGUGCACGGUACGGUCCACGGGACCAGCACGGUCCACCUGCCGGAUUACGUAAAGAACCACGGCAUCCUCAGCGGCCGUGACCUCCAGUUCCUCCUGCGGGAGACCAAGCUGUUUGUCGGAAUGUCCUUCCCAUACGAAGGGCCCGCCCCCCUGGAGGCCAUAGCCAAUGGCUGCGCUUUCUUGAAUCCAAGGUUCGAUCCCCCGAAGAGCAGCAAAAACACAGAUUUCUUUAAGGGCAAACCCACGCUUAGAGAGCUAACGUCCCAGCACCCAUACGCAGAAGUCUACAUCGGACGGCCGCACGUCUGGACCGUCAACAUAGACGAUCCCGAAGAAGUGCAUAACGCUAUCAAAGCAAUCCUCAGUCAGAAGAAUGAGCCCUAUUUACCCUACGAGUUCACUUGUGAAGGCAUGUUACAGCGAGUCAACGCGUUCAUAGAGAACCAGGAUUUCUGUCACGGUCAGGUCAUGUGGCCUCCCCUGAGCGCCAUGCAGGUGAAAUUCGCCCCCGCAGGUAAAUCCUGCAAACAGGUGUGUCAGGAGCAACAGAUGAUCUGUGAACCCUCCUUCUUCCAGCACCUUAAUAAAGACAGAGAUCUGGCCAGGUAUGGCGUCCAAUGCAAGACGGUCGACUCUGCCAGCGACAACAACGUCCCCGCGUUCAGCGCGUCAGAGCAACAUUGCGUGUUUCAGUCCGACCUGCUGCUGUUCAGCUGCGCUGGCUCUCACUUGGCGCUCACCCGCGUCUGCCCUUGCAGAGACUACAUGAAAGGACAGGUGGCGCUGUGCAAGGACUGCUUGUAACACACACGCACCACACAGUCUGUGCCAUAAACCAGGCAGUUUUCCGUACAAAUACUUGCCGUUAGGACUUGAGACCCCUCGAGACAAACCGCCGCUGUGGCAGCUCUCGGUUAAGAUAAUCCAUCUUACCGAAACGAAAGAAAGGAAGAGGAGAGAAGAUUUGUUUUGGCGCAAACUUGAAUCUGUUUCAGCCUGACGUACUUGAAGCAGAGUGCGGGAACACUGAUCCCUGCUGGCGUGGAGGAAACACUGUAAUUUUAUCUCUUUCAAAAUCUCUUGCUUUGUUGGACCAAGCCGACUCGGGAAAGCAGACUUUCAGCUUCUUAAAACUGAAGACUUGUUUGUUGUGGGAAAAUGGACUUAAUGAAAAGUUCCAUGGUUAUACACUGUAACUUAUCAUGUACCGGCUCUGUGAAACGACGCGCUUAAAUAACAGAAACACAAGUUUUAUUCUGCAUGGUGCAAAGUGGAUUUACACACACACACGUCAAAUGUGUGUGUUUUAUUAAAGAUCUGACAGUUGUCAAACCGCACAUGUUUUCGACGCAAACAGUAAAUACUGCAGUUUACUGCCAGUUCAACACAGACGUCACAAACCAGCCAGUAAAAAUUACCAACACAAACCAGUUUAUCCAACUAACCGUGAGGAAAACUUUUAGGUGAACUGGACACUUUUUGUCUUUAAAAAAAUGGCCAGGUUUACUUGAAUUCGCUCAAGUUGUGAAUAAGGUUCUUCCUAUUGAAUAAAUAGCAAAAUUAUAUCGGUUUGUAUAAGAUUUCUCUUGGUUUGUAUAAAAAAAAUGUGUAAAAACAGAGUUGUGUACAUACCUACGGUAAAAGUUUGUUUUGUUUUAAUGUUUGAUCGGCCUUCUGGUUUUAUUUCGUUUUUUAUUGGUUUUAGAUUCCAGAAGGACUGUAUUCUUGAAUAUGCCUGCUUAUUAUCGAAGAAAAACAUCAAAAUGACUUGUUUUGGAAUGAAAAUGCACUAUAGUGAAUUUCCGAAAGAUCUGACGUCAUAUAACACUGUAAAAGUUUGUUUUUUAAUUUAUUUUGUACACAGAUGUUUAUCUCUGCGUGUUGAAUUUUAUUUUAUUUAUACAAAACAAAUUCUUAAAAGAGGGAAAUUUUAUUAUUUAUCAGACUAAUUUAAACGUGUUUUAAAUGCGUAUGUUUCUCCAGAACGAUUUCUGUGUAAAGACAAAAAACUUGCUAACUAAGUACUAAGUAAAUAAAAAAAAAUAUUUCGUAAAAGUUUUCUUUAUAGUUAAAUCUUAACUAUAAACCUAAAGAAGAAUCACCUACGUAUACGUAGAAUAACAUAUCGAUUUCCUUAAAAGCUCUGGACAAACAUUCGCGUACACAAUUGUAAUUUUUAAUUUUCGAAAAGCCAGCAAAAACCUCAUUCAAUGUUUUGAUUCAGUGUAUGAUUUCUGUAAACAUUUGCACAUUUGUAAAUAUAGAUGGUUCUCUUCUAGUUUUCCACUCUUAACUUAUACGAAAGUUUUAUGGUCGCGUUUCCGCUCUUCGUCAAGAUCUGUACGUUUGUACGUGAAAUGAUGAUGGUCUUCAGCCAAGCUAUUGUUUAAAGUCCUGUCAUGACGUGCCUUCUGAUGGUUACUAGAGCUUACUCUGGUUUAUGUUUUCUUUUAUUCAAAUCAAACGCAUUGAAGAGUGAAUGCUAGCUAGCUACGAACCGAAAUAGUAGUUUGCUAUAGUUGAAAUAGAGUCGCUGAAGUUCUUGCCGUUUAACGUAAAAUUGUGUUGCCAAAAGGUUGGUGGAUGUUGACACAAACUCACGUUACAUUCAGUUUACACUUUUACGGAGUUGAAGAUGCCACAAUGUUGAAAAUGUUUGCGGCAGUAAGACAGGUUUUAGUUAUUUUUAAGAUAUAAGGUUUAAUAAAAACUGUGGCCAGUAAUGCUUACCUGAUAACUAUUAUUUUCGUUUGUUAGAAUUGGAACGAAACCCAAAUUUCAUGAUUUAAUUUUUUUUGAUAACUACUGUUUUUUUUCAUGUUAUUAAUGGUUACUUUUAUACUAUAAUGCUUUUACACCUCAGUAAACUGGUUUAAUUUUUUAAGGAAUGUUUUAUGUAGUCGACAUCCACAACAAAGGUAAUUUUGAAAGAAAAAAAUAAACACUGUUUUUUGUUUUCAUUUAUUUCGAAGAAACAGUAGGAUAUAUCUUUAUUUUUCAAAUAAACCUUUUCUGUGACAACAGA